AUAAUUCAUUUAACAGCUUUUCGGCUACAGAUUAUUAGUUACAUUGUAUUUUACUUUCAGUUUGUUUAACACUUCAUGUCACAGUCAUUAGCAUAUAAAAUCAAUCGCAAUUCCAGAAAUAUUAGCAUGCUUGUAUCUAACUUUAUAUUUGUACAAUCAAUUUAACAGUUUUCUUUCAGUGUACAUUUAACAUCCUUAAUUUAACUACUACAGAGAAACGAACACAACAAUUCUGACUCAUUUCUAAUUACUUUGCAUUCAUUUUCGAUGUGUAACUGUUUGUGGUUUUUCAUUCAUUCAUUUCCUGUCAUAUACGUCGUGCUUUAAAAGCCUAUUUUAAGAAUCUAUUUGAUAUUUUGGGGUGCAAUAAAAGCUAAAAUUAUUUAUUUUAUCACUCUUUACAACUUUUUAUUUUCCGAAUUUCCGUUGUUUCUUUAUUGUUCUAUUUUCAUUAGGAACCGAGAUAUCGUUUUUCUUUCCGAUAUUAUUUGUAUAAGGAAAGAAGACAAUACAUUACUAGUUGACUCACCUAUACAGUACAGUAGUUGCAUUGUCGUUUACCUCAAUCUUGAUAAUGAUAGAUCCGCGAUAGUUGCAAAACUUAUUUUCACAAUAAUCGAUUUAGAGACGAUUGCUAGUAUCAAUUUUUAUGCAAUUUUUUAAUAACUAUGUGUAAGUCACAAGUAGAAUUGUGCUAUUACACAUUAGAAACUUUUCAGUUCGAUUUUUUCUACUUUUUGCAUGUUCUUGGACUAAAAAACCUGUUAUUUGACUAACGUUUUGGAAUGGCGAAAUUUUUAAUGUUUUGAGAAAGCAGUAGAUCUACACAUAUUGAUUAUUUUAUUCAUUAAAUAUUAUUUUUAUUUUACUGAAAUUUUCUAUUCCUCGAGGUAAAAAUCACAAAAUCUAAAUUUUCAAUUAAUCUUAUAUGUUAAAAUUGAAAUUUAUAGUUACUUCUUUUCUAGGUCACAAGAUAUCGAAGUAUAUAAUUGUAUAUCAGGAACUAUAAAUCCCAUGACUUGGUUCAAGUUUGUGGAUAGCAUGGAAAAACAUGUAUGGAACUAUCCAUCACAAAGAGUAUUUAUAUAUCCAGCUGGAGGAUUUAAAAGGAAUUAUUUUUGGAAUCGUCUUUGUGUUUUGUUAGAGCAUCAGUUGCCAGCUACAUUAGUAGACAUGCUGCUAAUUGUUAUUGGAAAGAAACCGAGAUUGAUCAGCAUUUACAAGAAACUACACAAGGCAAUUGGAGUUUUGGAAUAUUUUUCUACUCGAGAAUGGAAGUUCCAUUCAAUCAAUAUCAAAAAUCUGAUGAAAAAAAUGUCGAUGGAAGAUAGAGAAGAUUUUAACUUUGAUAUUUCAGGAAUGGAUUGGGAUGAGUAUUUGAAAAAUUAUGUGAUGGGAACAAGAAGAUAUCUGUUCAAAGAAGAUGAUUCUACUAUCCCCGAAUCUAGAAAUCGUCUUAAAAAGAGAUAUUUUAUCGGUUUAACAAUUCAAACAGGAAUCGUUUUGGGAGUGGCUCAUUACCUGUCAUCAAAACUUUUGUUCAGUGAACUAUUCUCGUGAUUAUUUAUUUGAUAAUAAUAAUAAUAUUAAAUAAAGUCGAAUUGUAUUUGUGAUUAUUCAGGAACGAACUGAAAUAAGGGUAGUUAUCAAUACUAAUGCGAAUUUGAUUAUUUAAAAUUAACAAAAAUUUAACAAAUUGUUGAAAAAU